AAGAAGAGGGUUUAUAAGUGCCCUUUUGAGAACUGCAGCAAGACAUAUACUAAAAAUUCGCACUUGAAGACUCAUUUAAGAACGCACACAGGGGAGAAGCCUUAUUCGUGCACCAGAGAGGGCUGUGAAUGGAGGUUUGCCAGGUCGGAUGAGCUGAAGAGGCACGAUCGGAAGCACACCGGCCUAAAGCCAUUUACGUGUCAGGUAUGCCUGAAGUCCUUUUCUAGAUCAGAUCACUUGAAAUCUCACUCCAAGAAACAUUUG